CAGGGUCAAGGGCAGCCAGGACGCGGCGUGAGGGCAUGGGCCACGGGUGUGACGGGCCUGACGGCUACCGGUUUGCGAGGUGUAGGAUGCGCGCGUAUUCUGUUGUUGCCGACUGUGUGUGUUGUACCUGUUGAUUCUGGGGUGUGGGGGCGAGGCCUCUUAUCUCAGCCCAGGGGCCCAGCCUCCUUGCCUUUGCCCGCCCCUCCCAGGCCCCUCGCCGGCCCUCGGUUUCCGCUGAACCUUCUGCUCCGGGACCCCCGCCCCUCCGCCGCUUCCUCUCCCACGGCUUCCGAUCCCGGCUGCCGAGGACGGGGCGAGGCCGCCCACUGCCUUCGCUGUGGGGGCGGGGUGGGCGGGGGGUCAGACUGAGCGUGUGGCCUUGUUGGUAUCCGUCGUGCAGUCGUGAGUAUGAUAGUUCGGAGAGCUCUGUGUGCGUGUGCGUGCAAGCUUGCCGGUGGAGGGCGAGGUGUGUGUCUCUUAAUAAUGUGGGUGCCCCUCUCUGCCUUGGCUGGCUGGCUUGGACAGAGUGUGUUUUGGGGGGGCGUGUGUACACCCGUCUGCCCUGGGUUGUGUGUGUGUGUUUGGUAUGACCCGCCCUUAUUCCCCUGGGAGUGUCAGGGAACAGCAAGAGGUAGAAAUUAGGGGCUGCCUCCAUCCUACUGCAGAGAUUUUAAUCUUGCCCUGUGGCAUGCAAAUUCCCUUGUUCACCUAUAGACUCAGUUACCCCAUCUGUCCAAUGGAGCUCAUCCCAGGCCCUACCAGGCUCUGAGCCCUGGAUAGGGCAAAAGCAGCCUGGGGUGCCGAUGUGGCCACGGGAGAGCCACUCCAGGGAGUCUCAGGCUUUGCAGGGCGCAAAGCAUCUACACAGACAGGGAUCAUCUUGCUUUACUCUCUGAACAGCCAGUGCAGUAAGGAGUGUCAUCCUAACCUCAUCCCUGCAGAAGUUUCUGAGACUCCCAAGGGUAGCACUUCAGCAUCUUCAGCUUUGAGUAAUAAUGAUAAUAAUAAUAACAAACCAACAGUAGUGACCAUUUCCUGACACCUACCCUGCAACAGGGCCAUGUUAAUUUAUUUGUAUUUUCAUUUCAUCAUUACAAAAAUCUUAUGGGGUUUGCAUCCACUUUACAGAUGAGGGAAUGGAGGCUCAGGAAUUUUGAAGAGCUUGCCUAGGGCUCUCGAGCCAGGAAGGGUCUGAGCCAGGAUGACAUCCAGGGAAUAUCUGAUUACAGUCACCCCCUAAUGCAUUCUUACCAAGAUGGGAUUAUGGUCUUUCAUUCGAGAUGGGGGCUCCCUCCCUCCCAAGGCAGCCCAUGCAUUUGGGAGCCCAUGCAUUUGGCAUGAUUGGAGAGAUGGGCUUCAGUCAGAGAACUGACUGAGUGAUGUUUCCCCCUAAUCCUGCCUAGGACUGUUGGGAAGGUCUUCACGUGGCUGAAGUCUAUCUCCCUCUCACACCUCAUACCUGGGCCUCCUUGUUCCUCAUCUGGAGCCUGGAUGGGUGGGCAGACGGGUCCUGGAGAGAACCUUUCCUCCCUGACAUGCCUUUGCCCUCUCCUCCACCCACCACACACACAGUGACACAGCUGUACCCGGGGUGGGGGUGCGGGGUGCUUCCUCUGAAGUUGAAUGAAUGAAUCUUGGGGCUUUGAGAGACCUCCCCUCCCUGCCUCAUUCUCACCUGAUGGUAAAACUGAGCUGGCUGGUGGACUAACUCUGCAUGUAAACAAAGUUCACAUUUUAAAAAAGAAAUACACCUCAUCUGUUUUGAAAUACUCAAGCACUAAGUGAAUGUGGAAUCUUUAUUUUAAAUUACUGAAAUUGAAAAUUCCCUUGCCUCCCUACCAAAUCCCUUCCUCUUCUGGAGUCUCUCAGGAGGCCAGAAGCUACUGUGGCCAAUUUAGUCUGGGUCCUUCCAGACCUUUUCCUGUGCAUUUACACACCUAUAUAUACAAAUAUGCAGAUACAUCAUAUUACAUGCUGGUGGGUUUUUCUACAUAAAUGAGAUCAUCUUGGGUACACUGUUCAGCAGCUAGCUUUGUUCACUUGACAAUAAGUAUAUUCAUUCCAGAACAUCCAUUCAUAUGUAAAUUCAGUAUACACUUCAUUGAUUCAUCAUCCUUCAUCAUCCCUACUCCCCCUCCCCCUCCUUGCAUCCCUCCCUACCUUUCAGAGGUAAUAGCUGCCUAUACUACAGCACUCAACAGAUACAGUGCAAAGUCUCUCUUCCUCCCUCUCACCAACCAUCAAAUCUACCUCUCCACUGUGCUUUUUUUUCACUUAACAUUUCACUCUAGAGAUCCUUCCAAUUAGCACAUAAAGAAUUUCCUCAGUCUUUUGUAUGGCUACAACUGUUCCACAUAUAGAGAAAUAUAAUGUACUUAACCAGUCUCCUAAUGGUGGGCAUUUAAUUGUUUCUAUCACAUGGGCUGUAGGGAUAACCUUGUACUUGCAUCAUUCCAUCAGUAUGUAGAGAGUUCCUGGUCUUUUUCAGAGCUGUAUAGUAUUCCACUGUGUGGCUGUACUGUGAUGUUUUAACCAGUCUUCUACUGCUGGACAUCUGGGGGAAUUUCCUGCUUUUUGCUGUUAGGCACAAGGCUCUGAUUAGCAGCCUUUCACAUAUUUAAUUUUUUGGUAGGCAUUUAAAUUGGAGGAUAAAUUCCCAGAAGUGGGACACCCAGUCAAGGGUAUACGCAUUUGUCCAUUUAAUGCAUACCGCCAAGUCACCCUUCAUAAAGGCUGUGCCAGUGUAUCCUCCCACCAGCAGACGAAAAGAGGGGACACCGAGCAGCCUUAUUUAGUGCUUUUCUCCCCUUCUUUCUAGAUGCAAGCCACCUCUCUGGCUGUUCCUGAGGGUGCCCCCUCCAGGAAGAAGCGGUUGGAGUUGGAUGAUGACCUAGACACUGAGUGUCCCACCCAGAAACAUGCUCGAUGUGGGCCCCAGCCCGGGCUGCCCUCCUGCCAACUGCCCCUGAGCCCACCCCCUGCUCCAGUUCACACCCCUGCUGUGACCACUGCCUCCAGGCUUGGACCCUAUGUUCUCCUGGAGCCUGAGGAGGGCAGCCGGACCUACCGCACCCUGCACUGCCCCACAGGCACGGAGUACAUCUGCAAGGUGUACCCGGCCUGUGAGGCCCUGGCGGUGCUGGAGCCAUACUUGCGGCUGCCCCACCACUGCCAUGUGGCCCGGCCGGUGGAGGUCCUGACAGGCACGCGGCACCUCUACGCCUUCUUCCCACGGCCGCAUGGGGACAUGCACAGCCUGGUGCGUCGCCGGCGGCGCCUCCUGGAGCCCGAGGCCGCAGCUCUCUUCCGCCAGAUGGCCACCAUCCUGGCACACUGCCACCAGCACGGGCUGGUCCUGCGCGACCUCAAGCUGCAGCGCUUCAUCUUUACUGACCCGGAGAGGACAAAGCUGGUGCUGGAGAACCUGGAGGAUGCCUGUGUGCUGACUGGGCCUGACGACUCCUUGUGGGACAAGCACGCGUGCCCAGCCUAUGUGGGCCCCGAGAUCCUCAGUUCCCAGCCAUCCUACUCCGGCAAGGCGGCAGACGUCUGGAGCCUGGGCGUGGCCCUCUUCACCAUGCUGGCUGGCCACUACCCCUUCCAGGACUCAGAGCCUGCUCUGCUCUUCGGCAAGAUCCGCCGUGGGGCCUUCGCCCUGCCCGAGGGCCUCUCGGCCCCGGCCCGCUGCCUGGUCUGCUGCCUCCUCCGAAGGGAGCCAGCUGAGCGGCUCACGGCCUCAGGCAUCCUGCUGCACCCUUGGCUGCGGGAGAAUGUGAUCCCUACACCCCCCUCGCGAUCCAGCCUCUGCGAGGCUGACCAGGUGGUCCCAGAAGGGCUGGGGCUGGAGGAGGCGGAGGAGGAGGGAGAGAGAGAUGUGUGUCUCUACGGCUAACGCGACCCUACUGGACUCUCAGCCCCAGACUGCCAGUUGAGGCUGGGGUAUCUCUAAGCUCUCUCCUGCCUCUUUGAACUGAGCCGAACCUUAAGUGCCUUCUGGGAGGGAGAGAGGAGGAGGUGUGUGUGGAGCGUGCUGGACGCACACACCUGUGCACAUGAGCUCGUGCCUCACCGAGUCCUCGGGAGCUCACUGUGCCAAGCGCCGCUCCCAGUGCUGGGAACACAGCAGUGAACGACAGAGACAAAACUCCUGCUCACAGAGUUGACAACACUUUCCAUGCCCACUGGGCAGUGUCUACACUGAGCACCCACAGUGCAGGUAUCGGCAUCCACUCAUGCUGAUGCCCAGGUACCUCUGACAUGGGACAGUCCCUUUCACAAACAACCCAGCUGCCUUUGUAUCUUGCACCUUUUCAGAGAAAGGGAAGCAUCCCUGUGCCAAAGGCUCCAGGCCGCUCCCCUGUAACUCAGGACUCUAGAGCCCAGACCAUGCUGGGAAUUGUGCUCCCAGCAGCUCUGUCCUCUUGGUCAAGGGCUUCUCCAUCCAGGCCUGAGCCAAGGAUUUGGGCUGGAAGAUCAAGAGUGCAAAUGGUGAGGCUGGUCUUCAUCUAACUCAAAGAGUAGUUUGGAGUGAAGGGCCAGGCCUGUCCACCUCAGUGGCCCCUGACCUGAGCACCAGAGUUGGGGGCCGGGAUCAGGCAGGUUCUGUCCCCUGGCCUCCUGAAAAGUCCCAAGCUCUGUUCUGGGGACACUUGGGGUCCAGGACCCUAUGUCAACACUGUGGGAUUUGGAUGCCAUGAGUAUAUGUUUUUAUCUUGUGCCUAAUAAAGGAAUUAUGAA